AUGAUGCAACGUGUUAAAAUCUUGAAACCUUUGAUUAAGAAUUACAGGGCUCUUCAAUUUAGAUAUCUUUCAGGAUUGUCUUUAAAUUCGAGCCUUCAAUCUUACCCCACAAAUCACACUUCGCAGAACCAGGAACCAUAUGUUACACCAAGUUUUGUCAAUAAUCAAUUCUUUAAGUCGCAAUCUAAAGAGUGGUUUGAAAUAAAUGAUCCAGCAACGAAUUAUGUUGUUCUGAAGGUUCCGCAAUCCACGCCUUCAGAAUUGGAUGAAGCGAUCAGCGCAGCGGAGAAGGCUUUUCCAACAUGGAAAGAAUAUUCUGUAAUUAAAAGACAGGGUAUUGCGUUCAAGUUUGUACAACUUCUUAGAGAAAAUAUGGAUAGAAUUGCUUCUGUUAUAGUCUUAGAACAAGGUAAAACGUUUCAGGAUGCAAGAGGAGAUGUCUUGAGAGGUUUACAAGUGGCAGAAGCAGCUUGCAAUAUCACUAAUGAUAUUAAAGGAGAGACCCUAGAAGUUGCAACUGAUAUGGAAACUAAGAUGAUAAGAGAACCAUUGGGAGUUAUUGGGUCCAUUUGUCCCUUUAAUUUUCCAGCUAUGGUUCCUUUAUGGUCUUUACCGUUGGUUCUUGUCACUGGAAAUACUGCUGUCAUUAAGCCGUCAGAACGUGUUCCUGGUGCUGCUAUGAUAAUUGCGGAAUUAGUCGCCAAAUCAGGAGUCCCACCAGGAGUUCUUAAUAUAGUUCAUGGAAAGCAUCCAACCGUAAAUAAAAUAAUCGAGGAUCCUAGAAUUAAGGCCCUUACAUUUGUUGGCGGAGACAAAGCCGGAAAAUAUAUCUAUGAAAAAGGGACUUCUUUAGGUAAGAGAGUACAAGCUAACUUGGGUGCAAAGAAUCAUUUGAUUGUGUUACCGGAUGCGGACAAACAUCAAUUCAUCAACGCAUUGAAUGGUGCUGCUUUUGGAGCUGCUGGCCAAAGAUGUAUGGCGAUUUCUGUUUUAAUUGCAGUUGGAAAGACAAAAGAAUGGUUGCCAGAAAUUGUGAGGGAUGCUGCGAAACUAAAUGUUGGGAGCGGAUUUGACCCCAAUACUGAUCUUGGGCCCAUGAUUAACCCCAGUAGCUUGGAAAAAGCAAAUCAAAUUAUACAAGAUUCAGAAAAAGCUGGCGCCCAUGUUUUACUUGAUGGUAGAGGGUACACUCCGCUAGAUGAGAGAUUUGAAAAAGGUAAUUUUUUGGGCCCCACCAUAUUGACGAAUGUCAAGCCUGGGAUCAGGGCUUAUGAUGAAGAGAUUUUCGGGCCUGUAUUAUCUGUCGUUGAACUUGAAACUCUUGACGAAGCAAUUGAUCUCGUGAAUAAAAAUAAAUACGGUAACGGAGUUUCUCUUUUUACGUCUUCUGGAGCAUGCGCUAAUCGCUUUACAAAAAAUAUCGAAUGUGGCCAAGUUGGAGUUAAUGUUCCGAUUCCUGUACCCUUACCUAUGUUCUCUUUCACAGGAUCGAAGGGUUCUUUCUUGGGCGAUUUGAAUUUUUACGGAAAGAGUGGCAUCUUAUUCUUGACAAAGCCAAAAACAAUCACUUCACUUUGGAAAGACAACUUGAUUGACGAUAAGAUUUUAAAGCCUUCUACAUCAAUGCCAAUCCACCUGUGA